AAACAUUACUAAUAUUGUAUUCAAUAAAAUCUAUACAAUAACACACUACACAAUAGAAAAUAUUUAUUAUUCAUCAUCAAUUUUCCAAAGUAAAUUAAGUUGUUCUGGUUUUUAAACAAAACUGAUAUACAAAAGCCAUAGCCAUGGCAUCCUGGUAUUCUGUUGGAAUUGCCGGCCUGAUGUUUCUUUUGUAUCAGUGGUUCCGGGAAGAUCCACUUAAAGAAUUGAGUGCUGGCAAGCCCAUGCUGCCUUCGGUGCUGGUGUCCAUAUGUGUUCUGGACGUGAUUGCCAACAAAGUACAGUUGCCCCAGCCACUACUAUAUACGGCAUGCUGGAUAUAUAAAUUCAUCUUCGAGAUCAUUGUAUCAAUCUUUGUGCUUUACCUCACCAUGAAUAUUGUUUGGAAUUCAUUGGAGACCCUCAUCGUCCUUACGAUGCGUAUAAUACUGUGUGGAUAUCGGCUCUUGUCGGAAGAAACCUACAAGCGCUACGAAAAGUAUUGGAUUGGCGGCAUUACACUGCCACUGUCUCUGAUCAUCUGGGUAAUCUUAUCCAGGCCCAUCUUUUGCAUGAGGGUACAUCUGAUCCGUAAUAUAGACAAUGCUAUGAAGUACUUGGAGCGAACAUUCCAGACCAAGAAGGCACCCCAAAAACGACCAAUUGCGGCUCUAAGAUAACAAAACUAAUUAAAAUAAUAUAAUGAGGUAAAGUAAUGCACGAACCAGA